CUAUGAUGCGCUCGUCAGAGCUGAAAUUUUUUCUUUUAAAAAUUGAGGGGCCUAAUUUGAUCUAAUUGUAGUCGAUUAGAUCUUGAUUAACGUGCCAUCUUCCAGCAUCAUUUGUAGGCAAUCGAGCUUGCUCAACACUGCUGGGAACUCGCAAGCGCGAUGGUGCAGCAAGGACAAGAGCUAACACCGGAAGAGAAACGGCUGCUGGACGAAUACCCUCGACCAGACUGGCUUAGGCCGAAACUGAGGUGGCAAUCUCUCAACGGACCAUGGAGAUUCGCUUUUGAUGAUCUCGAUGAAGGCAUGGGGAACGAAUGGCACCACGAUGGCAUUCCUCCAGAGCAUGUCAAGGAGAUCCAGGUUCCCUAUGUGUUUCAAUCUAAAGCAUCUGGAAUUAACGAUCGCGGUACACAUGAGGUAAUCUGGUACGAACGUCAAAUCAACGAUCUGAGACACCAAGGACAGCGCAGUCGUGGUGAUCGGCUACUGUUAAGAUUUGGCGCCGUGGAUUAUGAAUGCAAGAUAUGGGUGGAUGGGAUAAAGGUUGGGGGCCAUCGAGGAGGCCACACACCUUUUGAGGUUGACAUUACGGACUGCUGGACAGAAAACGAUCGCUCCGAGAAGAAACUUGUGAUUAGAGUGUUCGACAGUGCGUACGACCUGAUGCAACCUCGAGGAAAGCAGUAUUGGAAACCAGACCCUGAAAGCAUAUGGUACACGCCUAGCAGCGGAAUCUGGCAAAGCGUUUGGCUGGAGGUUGUGCCACGGAUAAGAAUAGGAGACUCUAGCAGCGGGACUACGUUUUGCAGCAACGACAUCGAAACAGGGAAGAUGAAAGCCACAAUCUCUGUAAUGGGACGGAGACGAGAUCGAAAAUUUGUAGCAGUCGAGAUAUCUGCGAAGUUCAAAGCUGCAGUUAUUUCUUGGACGGAACAGAAAGAGCUCAGCAAGGAGAGCGACGAGGUACACAUAGAACUGAACCUCAGGAUCGAAGAGAAGAUACUGCAGCAGCGUUUCGACGAAAUCUUAGGCCGAGAAAGGGAUAGAACUGAUGCAACGUGGAACCACAAGCUAGCCGAUGAUGUAGCCUUGUUCGAGGAGGUCGACAUAAAGGGCCUCAAUAAGAGCGGGCCUCGGAACAUCAAAGAAAUCCCAGGCUGGAGGAACGGACUAGCCUUGUGGUCUCCCGAGAACCCGAACUUGUACGAGUUAACCAUUCGCCUGUACGCAGACGAAGAAGGCAAAAUCGAUGAGGUCCGCACGUGGAUAGGAGUACGUUCUCUCGACUGGACCUCUGGCGACGGGACCUUCAGGAUAAAUGGAGAACCCUACUUCCAAUCCCUGGUCCUUGACCAAGGCUAUUGGCCAGAGACGUUGAUGACGCCACCUGACCGUACGGCGCUGAAGGAUGACAUCGUGCUCGCCAAGCAGAUGGGCUUCAACGGAUGUAGAAAGCACCAGAAGGUCGAGGAUCCCAUCUUUCUGCACUAUGCAGACAAGCUGGGAUAUCUGGUCUGGGGGGAGAUGGCCAAUGCGUACGACUUCGACCAGAGAUACGUCGAACGGUUCGAUCAGGAGUGGAAAGAAGUAGUGCGACGCGACCUGAACCACGCAUCCAUCGUGACGUGGACGCCGAUUAAUGAGUCCUGGGGCUACACCGAUUUGCCAGGCUGCGAAACACAGCGCAACCAUGUCAAAUCCCUUUACUACAUGACAAAAACAAUCGAUUCGACGCGGCCCAUAAAUGACAAUUGCGGCUGGGAGCACGUUCUCACCGACCUGAGCACGUUCCAUGAUUAUGCCGACGGGCCCGUCCUCGCUGAGACGUGCAAGACACUCGCGGGCUGCUUAUCGCCCAAGUCAAACCGCGUCGUCUUCACCGGCGACUGCGCGCACAAGACAGGUGCCCCGGUGCUUUGCACUGAGUUCGGCGGGGUCAGCAUCACGCCGUUCGAGGAGAAGGCCAGGUCUGGAGCGAAAGUCAAGGACUGGGGUUACACGACCGCUGCCGACCCUGCGGACCUUCUCAAGCGGCUCGAAAUGCUCAUCAUGGCCGUGUCUGAGGGCGGUGUGUGCUGCGGGUUUGUAUACACGCAGCUGACGGACAUUGAGCAGGAGAGGAAUGGUCUGUACACGUGGGAUCGACGGCCGAAGCUGAAGGCGGAAGACGUCAAGCGCGUCAUUGACCGCGCGAAGUGGUGGUUUUACGAAUUGGAGAUGAGGAUCUAAAUUGAGAAAGCAAGAUGUUGCCUUUCUGGAAGGCUUUCAGCCCACGCUACAGUCAUGUUCGAUUGUUAUGCUGUGCCCUGAAGAGUUCGAAGGCCUUUUUGUUAAAGACUAAGAAAUUCCUAUUUUAAAAAAAAGGCGAAAUUUAAGUAAAGCUUGGUCAUCUCUUGCCGACUAUGCCUAAAAGA